UAUGUUUAAAAACCAUUUGGAUGUGGUGCUCAGGGACAUGAUUUAGCGGGUUCUUAGGGUAGUACGGCCAGGUUGCAGUUGGACUUGAUGAUCUUUAAGGUCUUUUCCAACCUGAGCGAUUCUAUGAACCCAAAACAAAAGCUCACAGCACAUUAACACUGCCGAGCGGUGAGCGCUGUAGCCUAAGGGCCCCGCCGUCCCGCCCCGCGGCGCCGCAGGGGUGGUCCCGGCGCGGCCGUCCCAGCAGUCCCAGCAGCGCGAUGGCGGCCGGGCGGGACAGGGCUGUGUGCCUCCUGCGGCAGCUGCAGCGGGCGGCGUGUCGGUGCCCGACUCACAGCCACACUUAUUCCCAAGUUCCUGAACGGGCUACCCUGAGAAAUACAGACUAUGCAUUUGAGAUGGCCAUUUCAAACAUCCGAUAUGGAGAAGGAGUCACUAAAGAGAUUGGCAUGGACCUGCAGAAUCUGGGUGCUAAAAGAGUUUGUUUGAUGACAGAUAGAAACCUUUCCCAACUGCCUCCUGUAGAUGCAGUGUUGAAUUCCUUGACAAAAUCUGGUAUAAACUUUCAGAUGUAUGAUAACGUCCGGGUGGAGCCAACAGACCAGAGUUUCCUGGAUGCCGUUGAAUUUGCUAAAAAGGGGGAAUUUGAUGCCUAUGUUGCCGUUGGAGGUGGGUCUGUGAUAGACACCUGUAAGGCUGCCAACCUGUAUGCCUCCAGCCCUAUGUCAGACUUCUUGGAUUAUGUCAACGCUCCUAUAGGGAAGGGAAAGGCUGUCACUGUGUCCCUUAAGCCACUCAUUGCAGUGCCUACAACAGCUGGAACUGGAAGUGAAACCACUGGUGUUGCCAUUUUUGACUUCAAAGAGCUUAAAGUAAAAACUGGUAUUGCUUCAAGAGCCAUCAAGCCAACACUGGGCAUCAUUGAUCCUUUGCACACACUGUCUAUGCCUGAGCGAAUAGUGGCCAACAGUGGCUUUGAUGUGCUUUGCCAUGCUCUUGAAUCGUACACUGCUCUUCCAUACAAGAUGCGCAGUCCUUGCCCUUCAAAUCCAAUCAACAGACCAGCUUACCAAGGCAGCAACCCCAUCAGUGAUGUCUGGGCUCUUCAUGCUCUACGCAUUGUAGCUAAAUAUUUGAAAAGAGCCAUCAGAAACCCUGAAGAUCGUGAAGCAAGAGCCAACAUGCACCUUGCAAGUGCUUUUGCUGGUAUUGGCUUUGGCAAUGCUGGCGUUCAUCUCUGCCAUGGAAUGUCUUAUCCUAUUUCUGGUUUGGUGAAAACUUAUAAACCAAAGGAUUAUAAUGUGGAUCACUCUUUAGUGCCACAUGGCCUUUCUGUGGUGCUGACAUCCCCAGCAGUGUUUGCUUUCACAGCACAGGUACAUCCUGAGCGGCACUUGGAAGCUGCAGAGAUAUUAGGAGCUGACAUCCGCACUGCCAGAAUCAAAGAUGCGGGGUUGAUUUUGGCAGACACGCUCCGGAAAUUCCUGUUUGAUCUGAAUGUUGAUGAUGGCUUAGCUGCAAUCGGUUAUUCUAAAGCAGACAUCCCUGCAUUAGUCAAAGGCACUCUGCCUCAGGAGAGAGUGACUAAACUGUCACCACGUCCCCAAACAGAAGAAGACUUAUCUGCCCUUUUUGAGGCCUCCAUGAAGCUUUAUUAGCUUAAACACUACACUCAGAUGCGUGCUCUUUUCUAACACAAAGCAUCAGAUACGUGCAGUGAGCGCAGUACAAGACAAAUGCAAGAAUCCCAUAAUCUCUGGUGUUCCCAUUUCUGUCUGCUAGGAAGAGAGCAGCUCUUCAGUCUGUCUGUUAAAGCUGAAGGCUCUGUACAUACACCUUUUGUGCUUUUGUGUUGAUCUGCUUUUGUGUUGAUAGCAUUAACCUAGGAUCUGAAGACAGGUAGGUCCUGGAUGUUGGCAUCAGGUCUGUUAAAGGAGGUGGGUGGCUGCUGGUUGAAGACCAGAGAUAGUCAUAACAGCAGAAGAGAUUUAGUGGGCAUAGAGACUGCACUGCCAAAAUGCCUCACCCUGUUCUGGAAAGCACAUGUACUUCCCAUGUCCUCCUGAAUCUUGUCCUCUGAAAUUGUCCAGAGGAAACUCUAUCACAAAGGCUUCCUUCAUAAUAAGUGGCAAGGGAUUCAUUUUAUUGUAUUCUGUAAAGCUGCUAUAUUUGUACUGUUCUGUACUGAGAAAAUCUGGUCUUUGUCUUUGAACAUGUCUGUAUUGUGCACAUGAACAUGGCAUUUCUGUAGGAGUGGGGGGUGAAAUUGUAACUGUAAGUACCCAGUGAUGGCUGGGCAUUUGUGUGACACCUGAGUGACCAAUUCCACGUGGGACUUCCGUUAUGGCUCUGCCGAAGACCUGCAGGAUACAUCUGUUUUUGCCUUGAGAUGAUACUGGAACACAAAUAAUGAACAUUAUUGUGCUUGCUAUAAACACAAGAUUAUUUGGAAACAUUUGA